GCAGUCUUCAAAGAUUCAGUAUGAAACAAGACAUUAAGUACUAUGGGUUGAGGAACCAAGGAGCAACAUGCUACCUGAACAGUAUUCUGCAGGUUCUGUUUAUGACCAAGGAGUUCAGAGAGGCUGUAGAAAGAUGUCCUAUAGACCAUAAAGAUCGCAUUGAUGUUCAACUGCAUAGUUUGUUUGAAAGUUUAAAGGAAAGAACAUCAGAAACCAGAGACGUAACAAGAAAGCUGGGGAUAGAAAGAGUGAAUGAACAGUAUGAUGCUGGUCAGUACUUUGAGAAGAUUUUAUCUAUGGUCAGUGAUGAAGCAUCAAAGGUAUUUAAAGGACACCUGACCCACAGGACUGUUUGUGGUGGAUGUUCUGCACAUACUGAAGAAGAUGUGCCAUUUUGGUUUCUUUCUCUUCCACUGAUGGAUUCUAGUGAUCAAAACUACAGUGUGGAGGACGCCAUCGAGGAGUUCUUAAAGGAUACAGAGUUUAAUGGAGAUGACCAGCUGUACUGUGAUGAGUGUGAAGAAAAACAUGACACUACUGUUGUAAGUAAACUAAAACUCUUUUGUGUUCGUUUACAAAGCAGCUAAAAACCUUCUUAAUUAAUGUUUGAAAACACUAUGGAUUACCUUGGCUACGCAUGAAGUGUGUC